ACUGUCCUUCUAUAAACUUUGUAAUGAAUCGAAGUAAACAAUUUAAGAAAUUUGAAAUAUUUUCUCGUAAAUAAUACGAACGAUCGUGUUUCUGUGGUACGUGACACAUAAUAGUUGCAAAUUUAUUUUUCAUCCUUUCAAUUGAAACUUUCUAAGUUCCCACUUGUUGUAUGUACAUUUCCUUAUUCAAUUCCUAAUAUCGGUGGCUCGUAAAAACAUUGGCAGAUCUAAAAGCCAGUUUCGUGUCGUUGUAAUGUUUGAUUAAAUGAGGUAAGGUCAGUUGGAUCGUUAAAUUCAGAAAAGUGUCUACAACCGGUUAGUUUUACUGCCUCUUGUUGACGCAACAGCAUUUAACAAAAUAUAAUAAGGUCAAUGUUAUCGUAUGUUUACUAUUCACCUGAUUUUGAUGUUCAUUUAUUGCUAUCUAGUAACAAUACAUGUAUUAUCAACCAAAGUUAUGUGAAUAUUACAUUUGAAAUACGUUUAAUACUCAUUAACAAGGUGGACAGAAGGUUCCUGUCAUUUAUAUUCAAUUUUGAAAAAAACGAGGGCACGAUAAAAAGAACUAGGAGGGUUACAAAGUGUAUGAGAAAUUCCUAGGGAGAGCCGAGUAAAACCGGGGAGAGCCAGGGAGAGCCAUGGAGGUCUGGGGAGAGUAUAAGUAAAGCUAGGAAAAAAUACCACCUACCAUUUACUUUCAAUCUUCGGCAAACUAAGAAAUCCUGAAGAGUUUCUAGGGAAAUCCUACUAAGAACAGAAAAAAUCUAGGGAGAGCCUGGGAGAGCCAAGUGCGGUUAGAGAGAGUACGUAACCGCAGAAUUCUAGUUACGUGGUAUCAUCUCCUUUUAUCAUUACUCUCAUUGUCGCGCAUUCAGAGGAAAAAGGACGUCAGGAUAGUCGGAAGAAUUGCGCAAGCGAAGAUUACGCAAGGAGAGUUGAAAGAGAUGAGAAACUCCAUGGUGCCCCGUGGGUAUUUUGAAAUUACCGUUAUAAAGUCGGGAUCGAAGGCUAUCGUGCGGUAUCGGUGAUCUCCGUGUUUUUUUAUCAAUUUUAAGGGGUUGUACAAGUUCGUGGUUAGAAAUGGUCUAGAGGGAGAAGUGAGCUAUCCCGAAAUAAACUUUCUCGGGUUAUGUAAAGACCGGCAACUGGCUCGUAGAGUCGUCGGUAUAAAGGUCGGCUGUGCCCCCAACAGUCGAAGAGUUGCUCACGAACUUCACGCCGGCAACCAUCCGGAGAACAGCUACACGCUCUACAUGUGACCGUGCCGUUUUAUCUGACGCAGAAUAAUCUUCUUUAACGUUUCUCUCGCACACAGCAUCACACUUUCACGAGGAGAGCGUCGUGCCGUUGCAAAGGGACACGUGUACCAUCGUUUCGGCAACAUGCGUACCCUGGUUCUAUUCGCGCUGGUGGCAUCAGUGUCCUGCCAAGAGUACUUCCGUCAGCCGGAGAAGAUCGUCGCGGAGAAUCGGGACUUGGGCGACAACCGCGGCCAUUACUCGUUCACCUACGAAACGGAGGGCGGAAUCGUUCAAUCGGAGACCGGAAGUCGCAAAUACGCGGGUACACCGUCGGAAACGCAGUUGAUCCAAGGAUCCGUUCAGUACAAUGCUCCAGAUGGUACACCGAUAGCGAUCAGUUGGACAGCCGAUGAGUUCGGUACUCAAGUGGCAGGCACUCACAUUCCGACACCGCCACCGAUACCCCCAGCCAUCCAAAGGGCACUCGACUGGCUCGCCAAACAGCCCUCGACUCCGGACCCGGAAGAAGCUGCCAAAGAUGCGCCCAGCCAACAAAACGCCGUGCCCGUUAACAAUAAUCGACAGUUCAAACCGUUGCGACCUAAUCAACGAAACUGAUCAAAUCUUCGAACGAUCGACAUCGCAGUUCAGGACCUUUCUUCGUUUUCUCGAAUACUGUUGGGGGUCCAUGCCACAAAUUUCACAUGUUUGGAGCUUCAUUUGAAGGACAUGUACUGUAACAGUAUUGGAAGAUAUAGCGUGGUCGUAAAUUAAAUUAAGUUUUCGGAAGGACUCAAUUAUUGUUGUAAUGUUACGACGAAUGUUAGGGGUGUUUUUGAAUAGGCGAUCAUAGACCGGGUGGGAUUAAAAUGCUUGUGGUAAAAAAAAUGAGAUUUGUAUUACAAGGGUUAUGCGUGAAAGCGGUAUUGUGAGGUCAAAGAAUGAAAGUAGGGAUAGGGAGGAGUUUAGGGAUUUAUAGGGACGUGUUCGUCAGAAAUUAUUUUGUGAUAUUCGACACUUUGGUACUGAAUAGAUUUUAUAACUUGUGAAUUUAGUACGUAUUCGAAUGGGUCUUUGGAAACAGUUUGUUUAGUAUGUUAUAUAAUCAUAAAUUUGCAUAGCUAAUAGAAACUUGUGGAAAGUGUUUUUAGAAAUAUUUUCUAGUACCAAAACACUUUGGAACGAAGUAAUUUCAUUUUGAAUUGAACUAAAUGACCUAAAUAUUUUUUAAAAGUUUAUCAAACUUGCAUUUCAUAAAAAUUGUAACUCAUUGUAAAUUUGUUUAUUUUUGUAAUCUUUUUGUUUGCCCUUUGAAAGGUUCACACUGUUUAAUAUAAUUUUAAAAGACUUCGAAAGGGUGUACAAAUACUUGUUGCAUUGAUUGUAUUGUUUUUUGUAUUUUUGUAAAUCUUGUGACGUUUGAAAGUUAAGUUCAGGUUAAAUAAAUUUGCAAAUAAUUAUAAAUAUUGGUACUUGUAUUAGUUAUUCACUGAACAUAUUUACUAUACUUAUACUAAAGAGAACCCUGAAUUUCGUGUUUUUGUAUAUCUGAAGAAUUUACGACCGUGCUAUAUCUCCCAGAGUGAAUACACAUUCCUGAAUAUUUUGCAUGAUCUGAAAUUUGCUUGUGGUUUAUUUAUUGUAUUAAUUGUGAACGUGUUGAUAAGAGAAAAAGACGAAUUCUAAGUAUUAUUAAUGUUACAUUAAUCCCGUAAGGUAAAGUUUCAAUUAUUAAAGUCUUUUGUCUAUUAAACUUGAGCAUCUAAUUAAAAAUGUAACUUGAAGUAAUUAUUGUAGAUAAAUUCUUUUGUAUAGAAAUUUGAGUGUCCAACUUGUAUGUCUGGGUCAAUGUGACCCGGUUUAAGGGAUAAUUUAAUCCUGAAACGACAGAAUCAACGUGUAAUUUUAAAACUUUAAAUUCUUCCUCUUUCUUAUCUUGUUAAAUUUCUUGGAAAUUGUAGACUGAACACGUAAUUUGGAGAUCUGGGUCAAACUUGACCCCGUUUUGAAGCCUUUCAGAAAGUUAUAAAGAAACAAAGCUUGAAAACAGAAAUGUAAACUAAGAAUAUGACUUAUAAGAAAAAUAUAAAUAAACAAAUUUUUUACUAUUUAUAAUGAAAUAUAAAAAAAUUGUAUAAUUAUUAUUUCAAUCUG